GAGUGAGUGGAGUGGUGUGGUGGGUGAGCGACGGGCUACGCGACGUGCAAUUCGCCAGUUUCUAUUAUUUAUUUGCUCGUUGCUACUAUUUGCGAUAUCUGCUUUGCAAAAAUAUCGAUAACCAGUGUUUUGCGUAUAUUUAACUUGACCUAAAUUAGAUAAUCUUCUAAUUCUUUUCAAUUAUUAUCGGUAUUACUAUUGUUCAGUUUGAUAAUCGCAUUUUUUUAUCUUAUCUUGGAAACUAGUUUAUCAUUUGUAUUCUGUUUGAAGAUUGGUGGCGAAUUUGAUUUGUAAAAUGGAUACUUUAAGGUUUUACUUUGUGACAUGGAAUGUGGCGACCAAAAAUCCUGGACAAGAUCUCAAUUCUCUGCUGGACUUUCCAUCUCAGUUUAACAAAAAUAAACCCCUUCCAGAUUUCUAUGUAAUUGGAUUACAAGAAGUAAAAUCCCAACCACAGAACAUUGUCAUGGACAGCCUAUUCACGGAUCCGUGGACGUCAACAUUCAACAAGAUUCUGUGUCGGCAAGGAUACAUUAUUGCCAAAAGCACGAGGCUACAAGGUAUCCUGUUGCUGGUCUAUGCACAAAUGAAGCACAUCACACACCUUAGGGAUAUCGAAGCACAGUAUACAAAAACUGGAUUGGGAGGUAUGUGGGGCAACAAAGGAGCAGUGAGCGUACGAUUCAACAUAUACGGCUGCUCAAUAUGCCUCGUAAACUGUCACCUUACUGCGCACGAGCACCUUCUGGCCGACCGCAUCAACGACUAUAACACGAUAAUCAAACAACACAAUUACCACAUCAGUGAGACUUCCAACAUUCUCUACCAUGACUACGUAUUCUGGAUAGGGGAUCUAAAUUUCCGUACGGACCACCCCACUGGCGCCAGUCCGUCCUCGGAAGAAAUCGUGGCCACCCUAUCACGGGUAGAGAAGGACAAGUACAACAGCCUACUGAGGCACGAUCAGCUGCUAGCGGUUAUGGAGAAUGGCGACGCUUUCUCAGAGUUCGUUGAACCCGACAUCAGAUUCCCACCGACUUACAAGUUCAAUAUCGGCUCUGACGACUAUGAUAUCAAGAGGAAGCCGUCAUGGACUGACAGGAUACUGUACAAGGUCAUCGCGGACAACUACGAGAACAUAACUUUACGGGCGGAUCUUGUGACGUACAACCACAUGCCGCAGUACACAGUCAGUGACCACAAGCCCGUGGUGGCUCAGUAUAAUAUCAAGGUCCGUAGCGGCAUCUCUGCGAACAUGAUGGAGGAGAUCCCGAAGGCUCCCAAGUCCGCAAUCAGGAUGAGAUCAGCCGUUGUAAUGCCUCAAGAUAACGAAGGUAUCGCUGUGCCGUUCGUUUCUUAUGUUGGCAACGCGUCGUCUGACGGCCAACAACAGGGCGAACAUGAUGAAGGCACUAGUGAAGUGCUUAUAAAGACGUUUUCGAAUUACACAGAGAAGACGGUGGAAUUCGCGCCCAUCAGUCGAAUUUGGUACAUCGGUGACGCUGAUUUUAGGACGAAGAUAACACUCUCGCCUGACGUCGACGUUAAUUCUAACGACUGGAUUGGCAUCUACGACGCCAACUUUCACAGCUUAGACGAUUACAUAACGUACGAGUACAUAACCAAAGUGAGUUUGCCUCAAACGCCGGCGGGGCCGGGGCACCCCCGGGUAACAAUGCUCAGUUUCCCGGUCGGCAGCGGAGUGAGGACGCCAGGUUUCUACCGCUUCAUCUACUUCAGCCAGCCCAAUAAUGACGUCAGAAGUGUUUUAGGUAUAUCAGAGCCGUUUGAAGUGAGCAGUAAGGAGGACAGAUUGGUAUCAAUAGAUCCGUGCGAUGAGCCCUCAAGCAGCACGUCCCCCGCGCGAGGCAAGCCUUCCACAGCGACCACCGACAUCUUCACAGACUUCUCCGGCCUGGACGUGGCCAAGCUCUCCCGCCACUUCUCCAACGACCUCAGCAUCGACUGACUAAGGACCUAUCUGCCAGGCUCGCCGGCUAGUAGGCGGAAAGACAACGGCGUCUAAAUAUGUUGUAAGUAGACUUAGAACGUUCAAUUGUUUCAAGUGUAUGUCAAAGUAUUUUAAAUAUGUCAAAGCAAAACAAGUGAAUGUUCAAGGAUAAAAAUGAAAAUAAA